GACAACGUUAUUUAAAAGGUACAGAGUGCCAACGCGGACAGUUUUCUCUGAAGCGCUUAAUAUCAUCCAGCUGGCGUAAGCUGCUCGCAAGAAGGUGUUGCUGACAGCGAAUCACAAUGCUGCUGCAGUCCCUCGCAUUGGUCUACCUCCUGGUUGCUGCCACCUUCGCAGUCCCCGCUCAGGAGAAACGCGUCCAUCACCAUGCCGACCUGAGCGACCACGCCCACAACGACGCUCACGACUUUCAGUACGACCAUGAGGCUUUUCUGGGCAAAGAGGAGGCGAAGACUUUCGACCAGCUGACGCCGGAGGAGAGUAAAGACAGACUGGCGAAAAUUGUGGACCGCAUUGACACAGACAAGGACGGCUUCAUCAACCACGCAGAGCUGCAUUAUUGGAUCAAACACAGACAGAGGAGGUACAUUGAGGAGAACGUGAACAAACACUGGAGGGAUUAUGACAAGAACGAAGAUGACAAAAUAGCAUGGGGGGAGUACAAGAACACGACCUACGGAUUCUAUCUUGAUGAGGAGUUUGACGACGUGGAGGACAAGGCCACCUACAAAUCCAUGCUAACCCGAGAUGAAAGACGCUUCAAGACCGCCGAUCGUGACGGCGACGGGAUCGCCACGCGAGAGGAGUUCACUGCCUUCCUCCACCCGGAGGAGUUUGAUUACAUGAAAGACUUGGUAGUACAGGAAACAAUUGAGGACAUUGAUAAAAAUGGGGACGGCAAGAUCAGCUUAAACGAAUACAUUGGUGACAUGUACACACCGGAGGAGGGAGAGAGUGAGCCUGAGUGGGUCCAGACUGAGAAGAAGCAUUUUACUGAUUUCAGGGAUGCCAACAAGGAUGGGUACAUGGAUUUCGGUGAGGUGGCGCAGUGGAUUUUGCCCGGAGAAGUCGACCACGCCGACAAUGAAGCCAAACACUUGAUCCACGAGACAGACAGCAACAAGGAUGAGAAAAUAACCAAACAGGAAAUCCUGGCCAACUGGAACAUGUUCGUGGGCAGCCAGGCCACCAAUUACGGAGAAGAUUUAACAAGGAGUCACGACGAACUUUGAUGAGCUGUCGCCGUUCCAAACGGAGCUUGUCCGGGUCCAUAUUAUUUCACGAGGUUUGCUCACAUGGGGUCUGUGUGUGAUGGCCGCCGGUGACACGACAACAAGUAUCACUCUUGCAGAAACGAUUCCACAUUGCAGUCACAUACUGUGUAUGUGGUUACAGGUGAUUUCUUACGCCCAUAACAUAGCAUUACUGUAGUCAGCUGAACACAGUCCAAAAAAAUUUAGACGGAGGAAGUGUUUGGGGAAAAAAAAAACUGUGGAUAUCGUCCGACGUGCACUGAUAUUAAACUGAAACUGUGUGUUUUGAGUUGGUGCUUAGAAUGUAGUCACAUUUCUGAAUAUCAGAGACCGUCACAGUGACACACACUCCACUGACAGACCGCUUCGUCAUUUAUGUGCGGUGCUGUACUUGAAAUAUUUUCAGCGCUUCACGGUACUUACUUUCAUCCAUCCCAUGUAUGGAAAUUGAUUUUAAAACAUUUCAAAUGAAAGAUGUGUUGCCGUUGUAUUGGAUUGAGUUGUCACAAUGUAGGUCAGAGGCAUGUUAACGUUGGCUACAAGAGUUAACUAAAAGAAGUUUGCCAUUAAAGAACUGUGUUACUGUUGAUUGGACAAAUAAAUGGACUUUUCUA